GAGCUACCGGUAAAGUGGGGAUUCCAGGCUACUGCUGUUGCUCCGCCAGGAACCACCAAACGAGACAGACUCACCCUCCUUCCUUCGAGCCUUUCCCUCUGCCCGCAUAACAUCGCCAACCCCGACCCCUGAGCAACAUGGCAGAUCGAGAGCAUUUAGUAUAUCAAGCUAAACUUGCCGAGCAAGCAGAAAGAUAUGACGAAAUGGUGGAGUCGAUGAAGACGGUGGCGGGGAAGGAUGUGGAGCUGACUGUGGAGGAGAGGAAUCUGCUGUCGGUGGCCUAUAAGAACGUGAUUGGAGCACGGAGAGCAUCCUGGAGAAUAAUCAGUAGCAUCGAACAGAAGGAGGAAAACAAAGGAGGAGAAGACAAACUCAAAAUGAUUCGGGAAUACAGGCAAACGGUUGAGAAGGAGCUGAAAUCCAUCUGUAAUGACAUUCUGGAUGUACUGGACAAGCACCUCAUUCCUGCAGCCAACACGGGAGAAUCCAAGGUUUUCUACUAUAAAAUGAAGGGUGACUACCACAGGUACCUGGCAGAGUUUGCCACAGGAAACGACAGAAAAGAAGCAGCGGAGAACAGUUUGGUGGCGUACAAAGCGGCCAGUGACAUCGCCAUGAUCGAGCUGCCCCCCACACACCCCAUCCGCCUGGGGCUGGCGCUCAACUUCUCCGUCUUCUACUACGAAAUCCUCAACUCCCCAGACCGCGCCUGCAGGUUGGCCAAGGCUGCCUUUGACGAUGCUAUAGCAGAACUGGACACUCUGAGUGAGGAAAGUUACAAAGACUCAACACUCAUCAUGCAGCUGCUGAGGGACAACCUUACACUCUGGACUUCAGACAUGCAGGGAGACGGUGAAGAACAGAAUAAAGAAGCACUGCAGGAUGUGGAGGAUGAGAACCAGUGAGACAUUACAGCCAACAUGCCACGCCCCUUUUCCUGCCUCCAGUCCCUCUCUCUCAGUCUCUCUCUCUCUCUCUCUCACUCUCUCUCUCUCUCUCCCCAUCUCAGUCUCUCUCUCUCUCUC